GAUGACUCUCUGGGAGGCUGUGCAGCUGAGUGGAGGACAAGGAGAGAGGCAUGAACUUCCUGUACGAUCCGCAACUGCGAGUCUUUGCACUCAAUACGCGCACAAACACAGGAAGGACCGAACGGGCUGAGAGAGUGGAGGGAGUGUGUCGCUGAGCGAGUGUAUGGCAGAGUGAGAGGGACUCCGGGUGAGACUGCUGUAGAUGCGGAGUGUUUACACCAGCCGGAGCAGCGUUCCCUCCCUCCCCUCCUCCCUCCCCGCUCGGCGCAGCGUGGCAGCGGCUACCGCGGUUCUCGCUUGCCGCAGAUAGCGUCUGUAGACCCGGCUAAGGCUGAGGAUACAGCCCGGGCCCUGAGAAUAUCUGCGUCGCAUCAGCACAAAAAAGCGAACUCUCGAUGCAGAAUACAUAUUGCAGAAGAAUUUUAAUUGCAUACGCCAAGAAUCAAGGAUUUUAAUACACAAAUUGGCUCGAUAGCAAGCACCAAUAUUAUUAUUAUUUUUUUAAUUCUGCGUGAUAAGACCCCGGAGCUUGGAUGUGCUAUUUAAGCUGACCGCGAUAUGGCUGUUCUCAAACUCGUCGACCAGCCUCCACUCAUACAGGCCAUCUUCCACGGAGACCCCGAGGAGAUCCGCAUGCUCAUCUACAAGUCCGAGGACAUCAAUGCCCUGGAUGCAGAGAAGCGCACCCCUCUUCAUGCUGCGGCUUUCCUCGGCGAUGCUGAGAUCACAGAGUUACUCAUCCUCUCUGGGGCUCGUGUCAAUGCCAAAGACAGCAUGUGGCUGACUCCUCUCCACCGGGCCGUGGCAUCUCGCAGCGAGGAGGCGGUCCGGGUGCUGAUCCGCCACUCGGCCGACGUGAACGCGCGGGACAAGAACUGGCAGACCCCCCUGCACGUGGCGGCCGCCAACAAGGCUCUGCGCUGCGCUGAGGUCAUCAUCCCGCUGCUGAGCAGCGUCAACGUGUCCGACCGGGGGGGUCGCACCGCCCUGCACCACGCUGCCCUCAAGGGGCACACCGAGAUGGUCAACCUGCUCCUGGCCCAGGGGGCCAACAUCAACGCCUUCGACAAGAAGGAUGGCCGUGCUCUGCACUGGGCAGCGUACAUGGGUCACCUGGACGUGGUGUGUCUGCUGGUGAGCCAGGGUGCGGAGAUCAGCUGCAAGGACAAGCGCGGGUACACUCCCCUCCACGCCGCUGCCUCCAACGGGCAGAUAGCCGUGGUCAAGCACCUCCUCAAUCUGUCAGUAGAGAUUGAUGAGGCCAACGCCUUUGGAAACACGGCCCUCCACGUGGCCUGUUUCAACGGGCAGGACGCGGUGGUGAGCGAGCUGAUCGACUAUGGGGCCAACGUCAGCCAGCCCAACAACAAGGGCUUCACCCCCCUGCACUUCGCCGCUGCCUCCACCCAUGGCGCCCUCUGCCUCGAGUUUCUGGUCAACAACGGGGCCGACGUCAACGUGCAGAGUCGCGACGGGAAAAGCCCUCUUCACAUGACUGCGGUCCAUGGGCGCUUCACUCGCUCCCAGACUCUCAUCCAGAAUGGUGGGGAGAUAGACAGUGUGGAUAAGGAUGGUAACACUCCUCUCCACAUCGCUGCCCGCUAUGGUCAUGAGCUGCUUAUCAACACUCUCAUCACCAGUGGAGCUGACUGCACCAGGCGAGGGGUACAUGGGAUGUUCCCCCUGCACCUGGCUGCCCUGAAUGCCCAUGCAGACUGCUGCCGAAAGCUGCUCUCCUCAGGACGGAAGUAUAGCGUUAUGUGCUCCCUCAGUAACGACUUGGUCCUGUCUGCAGGCUUCCAGAUCGACACCCCCGACAGCUUCGGGAGGACCUGCCUGCACGCCGCUGCCGCGGGAGGUAAUGUAGAAUGUGUGAAGCUGCUUCUCAGCGGUGGAGCUGACCACAAUCGGAGGGACAACUGUGGCAGGACCCCUCUACACUAUGCUGCUGCCAGCCGCCAUUAUCAAUGCUUGGAGACGCUGGUGUCGUGCGGGACCUGCAUUAAUGCCACUGACCAGUGGGGGCGCACUGCCCUGCACUACGCUGCUGCCUCGGAUCUGGACAGGAGGCGGCGCGUGGCCCUGGAGCCGGAGAGCGAGGGAGUGCAAGCGGAGAGGGAGAAGGAGGCGGCACUGUGCCUGGAGUUCCUGUUACAGAGUGGGGCUACAUCCUCCCUGAAGGACAAGCAAGGCUAUAGUGCCAUCCACUACGCUGCUGCCUAUGGUCACAGACACUGCCUGGAGUUGCUUCUGGACCGAGACGAGACUCAGAUGGAGGACCCGGGCUCUCCCAGCACCAGGAGUCCGCUCCACCUUGCGGCAUAUCAUGGCCACGCCCAGGCACUGGAGGUGCUCCUGCAGGGAGAGAGAGAGGUGGACCAGGGGGACGAGGGAGGGCGCACUCCGCUGGCCCUGGCGGCCCUUAGGGGCCACACUGACUGCGUCCACACCCUGCUGAGCCAGGGGGCGUCUCCCAGGAGUCGAGACACGGCUCGUGGGCGCACACCUGUGCACCUCGCAGUGAUGAAUGGACACACAUCCUGCUUGCGCCUCCUGCUGGAUGACUCUGACAGUGCAGACCUGGUGGAUGUCACGGAUUCUCAGGGACAGACUCCUCUGAUGCUGGCGGUGGCUGGGGGGCAUGUGGAUGCCGUGUCUGUGCUGCUGGAGAGGGAGGCCAGUGUGGAUAUGGCCGACAACCAGGGCCUGACUGCUCUGCACCUGGGGCUGCUGUGUGGUCAGGAGGAGAGUGUGCAGUGUCUGCUGGAGCAGGAGGCCUCGGUGUUGCUCGGGGACUCCAGGGGCCGCACCCCUUUGCACCUGGCAGCUGCGCGGGGCCACGCCUCCUGGCUGAGCGAGCUGCUGAACAUUGCCUUCGCCGAGCCACCCGCCCCGCCCCUCCGGGACAACCGGGGGUACACCCCGCUGCACUGGGCCUGCUACAAUGGUCAGGAGGGUUGUGUUGAGGUGUUGCUGGAACAGAGGGUCUGCCGCUCAUUUGAGGGGAACCCCUUCACCCCGCUGCACUGCGCUGUCGUGAAUGACCACGAGUCCUGUGCAUCACUGCUGCUGGAGGCCCUAGGCCCUGACAUCGUCAACUGCCGCGAUGCUAAGGACAGGACUCCUCUUCAUGCAGCUGCCUUCUCUGGCCACGUGGACUGCCUCCAGCUCCUUCUUGCCCAUGAUGCACCAGUAGAUGCUGUCGACCAAUCGGGACGCAGUGUACUGAUGAUGGGGGCGGAGCGGGGCAGCGCCGGUGCUGUAGAGGUGCUGGUGCGCAGCGCGAAUGCAGACCUGAGUCUGACUGACCAGAACGGCAACACUGCCCUACAUUUGGCCUGCAGUAAUAGGAAAGAGGACUGUGCCCUUAUCAUCCUGGAGAAGCUGACAGACCCCGCCCUCAUCAGCGCCACUAACACGGCCCUCCAGACGCCCCUCCACCUGGCAGCUCGGAGCGGUCUGAAGCAGGUGGUGCAGGAGCUGCUGUCCCGGGGGGCUAGUGUCCAGGUGCUGGAUGAGAACGGUCUCACCCCUGCUCUGGCUUGUGCUCCUAGCAGAGAGGUGGCUGACUGCCUGGCUCUCAUUCUGGCUACCAUGAUGCCUUUCUGCUCCCCUUGCAGCUCCGGAGCGCCCUCCCCUGGCUCCUUCCUGAAGACGCCCCCGCGGCCAGGGAAGGGCUCCAGGGAGGCUCGCACCCUCAGGGUCCCCUCAGGGACUCCCAGCGAGGGCACCACUGAGAACGACUCCGACUCCGAGACCUUCUGACCCCUGCUGGAUGUUCUACCCACACCCUCACACACACACACACUUACACACACACACACACGCACACACACCCACACACUCACAAAGCUAUUCACUUAAAGCAAUGCCGGGCAUAUGUGGAUUUGUAUAUAGCACCUUGCGAUACAGUGCAGGGCAACAACCUCAUAGUAAUCUGUGGGCCGAUUUUGGUACAUUGACCAUUAACAUUUUUGACUUGUUAAAUGUCAAUUUUAAUGCUUUUUUUCCUGACCCGGGGACCACAGAAAGAUACAUAAUCUUAUAAACUAAAGAAUGAUCUUUUUAAAGUUUAAAAUGUACGUGUAUAUACGGUUAUAUACAGGUCCGACUGCAGGCUGCCUGUGACAGCCCUGUGGAUGUUUAUAAGCACAAAGCCCAUAGCAGUAUGUAUAUGGACGCAUAUUUCACACAGACACUGCAUAUGACAAGUAUGAUGGAGACAGACCCACACACACCGGAUGUCCCCCUGUCCUUCCUGGACUUGCGGAGGAAUGACCGCUCGGUCCCACACUGCGCCGAGCUGAACCCCGCCCCGGAACAGGAACGACGCGCCGUUUCUGGCUCAAGAAUAAGGUGUUUCUUCCCCUCCGGACUGGGGACAGUGUGGAUGUGAGAUCAGUGAUUUUUUUUUUCUUUCUCUCUCUCUCUCUUUUUUUCAUGAAGCGGGUGGGUUGAUUUUAUUUCAUUUCCUCAUUUUAUUUUCUUGGUGCUCUGACCAAAACAGGACCGGAAAUGUGCGUUUCUUUGGCCUCACACUGAAUGUCAUAUGCCUGGUUGCUUUGUGGUCCUGUUGCAGUCCUAGCAUGCUAACGUGCCCCCAGCUCUUCUGCCAAAGCUGCCAAAUAAUAGUCUCUUGUGCCCAGGGGCUCAAAAUGGUUAGCAAGCUGCAGAAAUAGCUUGUCUGACUACAGCCCUGAAUUUUGUUUUUAAGAAUAAUUUUGAAAUUUUGAAGAAAAAAAAUGUUCAGGUGCCAUUGUAUUUUGACCAAACAAGCCACAUUGUCAAAGCUACCUUCUCUAAUUCUCCAGAAUGAUUGUGAAUGCAACAGAUAGUUGGAUUAUGGAUUAUUGAACUGCUACCCCAGUAACAUCACACACUAUGGACCUCCCUAGACCAAGGUGCUCAUGUGGCAGGUCUGAAUGACCUCUGGUCUUAGGUCACAUGAUGUAAUCUAGGUAAGGUCAGGAUUGCGGUGUCGGACAUUAGCAGUGUUGUGAAAGGUCAGAGACGGACACAGAUGCAUUCAGGUGCGGUCUGUAUAUCCCAGGGGUCCAAAGAGUUCUUUCUCAGCAGAAGCCAGGGGCUACCUUUCUUGCCUUACACGCACAUACACACACACGUACACACACACACACACACACACACACACACAGUGUUGAGCACUCCUCAUACAGUAUUAUCAUUGUCACUGCCUCACAGAGCUCUCCCCCUAGAGUACAGAGAGCUCACCCAGCUGAUGCUGACCUCUCGUUACUAAAACCGUCUAGCUUAAGAGAGAGAAGACCGCAGAAGCCCUACCUACACUUCGAAACCCCUUACCCAAAGGCCAGUGGUAACGAAGCACCAAGAUUACUUCCAUUUUGUUGACCGUGGGACCAUACUCAAGAGCCCCUGUUUACCUGGAGUAUGGCCCCUGUGUGUUCACAGUCAGGACCAUUCGUAAGUUCAUCAAAUCCUGACAGCACACACCUAUGACACGUACCCUGUGUCAGUGUCCAUGUGGUUCAGUGCCUCGUACUGUAGGUUAUGGGCUGUAGUGGAUGUGAAGGCCCACUUUGGUCAAUGCAGGGCAAGCUCACAAGCUCCAGUCCUGCAUGGUAUUUAUUAACUGUUACAUUAUGGUACAAAUCUUCAAGCACUUAAUGUGUAAUGGAGGUCCAUUGUGGGACCACUAACUCCUCCCUUCCUAUCUUGUCUGUCAGUGUCUAGCCCCUUGCCUGUCUGUCACCAUUUGACCAGCGACGUGCCAGUCACUCUCAAACCUGUCUAGUGCCUUGUGUCACCUCUUUGUACUGUUUUUAAUUUGUGCAUUUUUAAAGCAUUCGUUCGUUUUGUAGAUAUUUCUAGUGUGUAUGUGAGUUUUCUGUUUCCAUGUGAGAGACGCAAGGUCCUGAGGAGAUGGGUCCCUGCUCAGACAGCGAAAAGGGCAAGUAGGUACUGCUGGAGGGGGCGUCCCACAGGGGUGUAUGGUUUACCCAACUGCCUCUUCAAGCCUCCUUUCACCCCAGCCUUUCCGCUGCUGAUUGGUCGGCCCAUCUCUGCAGGAACACGUCACCUUUGUCUGAAACGUGUGUGCCUCUGCGUAUGUGUGCAAUAAGUCUAACUAAAUGAAGUCAUUUCCUUUUUUUUGUACAUAUGUGUCCAUGUAAAGCAGGGACUAGUUCUGUAAUGCGAAAUCUCUUUCUUAAAAGGUACACCAUUGUUUAAAUAAGUAAAGAGAGAAAAUUUGCUAUUAUUUGACAAAAUAAAAUGAUGUGAGAGGAUUGGAGGGUUUGCCAGUAUUAUGCCAGAGAGGGCGAUGCCAGUCUUGACAAUCUGCUCGUUGAGUGCCAGUGGUUAAUGCCAGUUCAA